CCAGUAACCAAUGUUUUUCAAUCACUUCAGUACCGAGUGUAGUUUACAUUUAGAUUAAGUCUGUUCAGUAAAUUGUGGACGUAUAAGAUGAUCUAGAAAUUUAAUAAUGAUAAGAUCAAAUCACAUACUGUUUUCCAUUUUAUUAGGUGACAAUAUUUUGUUUGGAUUGGGAAAAGACUUGACGUAUCAUCUGUUCAUUUACCUUCUUAUAUAAACAAGCUGCAUUUUUACUUCAUCAAGUGAUUUCAAUAUUGCAAACAUUUACGCCUGUUGAUCAACUCUACUUCCCUUGAUUUAGUUUAUUGAUUAUUUCAUCUGCUGAUUUUUUUGUGUUUCAUACCUGGUAUCUGUAAAGAAAAUUUUUGAAUCAAAAUGGAAAAUAUCAACACAUACAUUGACAAUCUUUUUUCAGUAAAUAUGACGAUGAUGUUUUCAGCGAAAGCUAAAUCUCUUGCGCCAAAUAUCGGUGACCUUUUAAAGCAAUUUAAAACUAUUAAAGGAUUGCAAGCAUCUAUACGGGAACCCAAUUCUGAUAAAUAUUAUGCUGUCAAUGAUCUCAGAAUAAAAUUAAGUGAAACUGGAGAGAUUGAAUCGAAACCGAAUCCUAUUCAAGUGAAAAAACUUCUCUAUGAUUGUGUCCUUGCUUACAAUAACGAUUUGAAUACUUUUGAAGGAGGAUUUAUUGACGAAACACCUUGGUUUAAUGCUUGGAAAAAAGUAUUCUUAACCAAUUUGGAAAGUAACGAUCAUGAUUUUAUUGGAGCUCAUGUUGGUGUCAUUUUUUUCAUCACGGAAGGAGAUUUAGACAAUUUUCGCGAAAUUUUAACAAAAUUACAAGCAGAAGUUAAAUCCAUAUCUUCUAUUAAAUGGUUUUUCCCGAAUUUUCUUAAGUAUAUUAUCGUUUUAAGUGACAAAGAUUCCAGUUUAUUUAAUCAAGAAAAUGAUGAAUUUGGUCCAACUGCUACUUUACAUCCAGCCUAUAGUGAUCUUGUUUCUAUGUAUGAUACAAACAAAUGUUUCUGGUUCGAAAUUGAUCCAGUCAACUCAUCAGAUUCAGAUUCGGAACCAGUAACAAAUUAUGAUACAAUGGAUAAUGCAAAUGUAGUCAACAUUUUGGAUCAUCAAGAUCCAUUAACAUCUUUAAUGACCUUGAAUGACAAGGAAAUUGAAGAGCAUACUGAAUCAGUUCAACCACCUCCACCACCUCCUGAGUCAAAAAGCAAAUUUAUUCAACCCAACUGUCAAAGGAUGUUGGGAAAAUGUGAUAAGCUGUUGCGUCGAAUGUUUGUUCGAGCUGUUAUUCCUUGGUUUGAAAAGCAGUUGGGAAUUUUGGCUGAAGCAUUAGCAUCUCGGAAAGGUUUACGACGGAGUAUUUUCAGUGCAACUAAACAGCUAUUGGCAAUAUCAUCUUCAACAAUGAACCUCAAAGGACCUAAUCAAAGUAUCGUGUACUCUUUAGAAGCAAAUGAAAUGCAGUAUCGCAAAUUCGCUGAUCUUACUAUGUGUCUAGGUUUAUAUGAUGUUGCAUACGCAUCUUAUUAUGCUGCUCGUAAGGAGUUUCAAAGUGAAGGUGCAUGGUUAUAUUAUGCUGGAGCAUCUGAAGCUGCUGCAAUCGCCUCAUAUCUUUUAAACAAAUUUCAAAAGUAUUACUUAGACCAAGCAAUCGUUUAUUACCUUGAAUCAUCUAAAUCAUCUCAUCUAGCAGCGAGAGCUACUUUGUUUGUCACUGACGUUAUCAGAGAAUCAUCACCUAACGAAGCUGCCGGUUUUUUUAUUCGAUUGAUUUCAGAAGACAGUGAUUUAAGAUCAGGCUUGUUUCUUGAACAAGCAGCUAAAUGUUUUCUUUUGGCUUUUCCAACAAGAAAACGUAAAGCCAUAUUCCAUUUUGUUCUUGCCGGACACCGCUACAAUCGAUGUGGACUCAAGCGUCUUGCAUUAGCAUCUUACCUGAAAUACUCUUCCUCUCAUUGGUCUUUGGCUGCUGAACAUGUGAACUUUACCGUGGCUAAGUUAUACCUGCAAAUAUCUAAUAAUAUUACCGAUAAAGAAUUGAAAACAUUAUAUAGGGAGCGUGGCCUGAACUUACUUCAAUCAAACGCUGAUAAGCAACUUUUUUUCAAUGAAUUCCUGAAAGAAUUGAAAGCAAAAGAUGAUGGAGAAAAUCUUUUGGCUACAAAUGUAAAUAUCCCUAAAAUUGAAAGCAUCACCAAGUGUACCAUUGAAGGUUCCAGCAUGAAAGGUUCACGUCAAAUUUGUUUUCUCAAUGAACCGAUGAGCCUCCAGCUGACUCUAUCUUCUUCAUUUGAUAUUCAAUUGAAUGAUUUACAGCUAUUGGUGGACAAUUCGGAAGUUGAUUGUACCUCAUAUGAAGUGAACUUGGAGUCAAGCCAGCCUUUUACGGUCACUUGUUCCUUAAUGCCAACUGCAAUCUGUGAUUUCAAUGUGAUAGGACUAAGUUUCAAUAUACUUGGAACAAAAUUCAUUAACCACUUUAAUGAAAAGAUUACAAAAACAUUGAUGUUCUCCUGCAUUGAAACUUUACCUCCAAUCAAUGUUACCAUCAACAUUGGUCAACUGACGGCAAAUAGUAACACAAUCGAGUUAUAUACAGGUCAAAUUGUCGAUCUGUCCAUUCUGUGCAAUUUCACAAAUGAAAGUAUAUCAGAUUCAAUAUAUCAAGCUAAAUUAACUACCAAUGGUAAUUUAAAAGGAUUUGAUGGAGAUUCGUUGAAGCAACCAAUGCCGAUUAAAUUUGGUCAAAACAAUUCAUUCCAAUUCCAAGCGCCUUACCUGCCCAAACUAUUUCCAUUAUUUUUUUCAAUUAGCUACCAUAAAACCGAUGAAGUUAUUAGAGAAAGAACAGUUACUCGUAACAUUUCCCUUAGAGUUCGAGAAUGUCUUCAAUUAGAUGGAUUAUUUCAUAGUGUUGUUAGUUUGAAAAAUUUAUCAACCAGUUCGAGUAUAAUCCUUUUUUCAGGUGAAAAUGAAAAACUUGAAGUAGGACCAGGGCUAACAGGUCACAUAUUAGCCCAUGACAAUUAUAUCAAAUGGGAGAGCACCAAUGUUCAUGGAGAUAUCAAUAUAUCCGUCUAGCCUUAUGUAAAAUUAUACCAAAUUUUAUAGCUCAAUUCUGAGAAUAAAAUACAAAACUCAUUUCAAAUAUCUUUUA